GGAGACAAUUCAUGCUAUACAAGAGAAUCCUAGUCAGCUUGACUGUGAUAUUGGUUUUCUCAAAGAUCACCUUGAUAGACCACAAACAACACUUUAUUAUCUUAUAGAUAGAAUACAGUUAACUGAUAUUUUAGAGAUAUGGGAACUUUCUGGACUUACAAAUGCUAAUACUAAUUACGUAGUAGUUCCUGAUUUGCACAUACUCGACAAAUUUAGAGCACUACACACCUUUAUGGCUGAAAUUAAGCAACAUGCACAAAAGAAAGUCAAAUAUGUAUCUGGGUUCGGAAAGGCAAAGAGAGUGCUUAAUUUAGCAUUUGAUAUGAGUUGUGAAGAUGAAUUUAUAAAUAUAAUUGAUAACUUUAUUAAUCAAAAAAAAAGUAACAUAAGCAUUACUAAUGAUGAAAACAUUGAGAAUUUAUAUAUAUUGGAUUCCUUGGUUGUGAAAUGGCGUGAACGUCCACCAAAUAAACGUAUCAAGUCAUCAGCAGAAAAUGAUUCACACAAUAGUACUAAAACUAGUAUUAGUGCAAUUAAUCUAGUUGAUUCUAAUUUAUAUAUUCGCAAUGCAUCAAAAACUACUAUACAACAAAUGCAAAAUUUACAGUAUUUAUCUGAAUUAACAACAAGAACUCCAUUUCAUACUCUUAACAAUAAUUCAAAUGAUCAGGCAGAUACUUUAUUUGAUAGUUCUACCAAAGCAACUCAAGGCAUAAAUGAAAAUACGGCUAAAUGA